AUGAGAUUUGGUUCCAGGGAACCUGCUGAAACAGCCCAAGUGUGUUUCCAGCAAUCUUCACAGCUGCAGGGGGAGUCUCUUGAUGAUUGGGCAGAUAGGGUCAUGACCCUGGCGACAAAUGCGUUAAAAGACCUGCCUGAAUACUAUUCCAAUAGGCAGACAGUGAGCAAGUUUUGUGAGGGUCUGGUAGACAAAGAUGCCGCGGUAGCCGUAGCCAUGGAUAGACCUUCAACCAUGGAGGAGGCAAUGAAUAAAGUCCACUGGUAUCAGCACCUGCAUCAGUCAGUUUAUGGCCGUUCUAAGAAGAGGGCUAGUAAAGAAGUUUUUGACGAUGGCGCUAAUGUGUUUGCCCUAGAAGAAGCUCCUGAGGUUGCGCAAGCCAACGCUGCUCCAUCUCAGUUGAGUUCUUUUGAAGUGGCAAUUGAGAAACUUCAGAGAUGUUUUGACAACAUGGUCCUGAAACUGGAUGAGGAGAAGACUUCUCAAGGAAGAAGCAGAUGGCCUAGAAUAACUUGUUUCGGUUGUGGGAAAGAGGGUCAUUUCAAGUCUGACUGCCCCUCACUGCAAUAA